UGUAAUGGAACGUCAACAAAAUUGACUUCCUGUGUUCUAGAAACAGAAUGUAAACACAUUUUCGUCGUAUUGUGUGUUAAAACUAGAAUUGAUUUAUUUUUAUUGAAAUGAAAACCAUUUAGUAAAGUAAAAUGAGUUCCACAACGCAGACUCCAGAAGGAGCGGAAGGUGGAUGUGAUGUUCCGCCGAACAAAUCUGAGACUCCAGAAAACGAAGACUCCACAUUUUAUGAAUGUAACAUUUGUCUUGACACGGCUAAAGAUGCUGUUGUCAGCAUGUGUGGUCAUUUGUUUUGCUGGCCAUGUCUACAUCAGUGGUUAGAAACAAGACCUAACAGAAAGCUGUGUCCAGUUUGUAAAGCUGGUAUAGAUAAAGAUAAAGUAAUACCUAUUUAUGGAAGAGGGUCAACAGAUAAAACUGACCCAAGAGAAAAGUUACCACCAAGACCUCCAGGUCAAAGACCAGAACCAGAAAAUAAUGGAGGGGCUUUUCCUGGAUUUGGAUUGGGAGAUGGAGGAUUCCAGAUGUCUUUUGGCAUUGGUGCUUUUCCAUUUGGAAUAUUUGCAUCUGCUUUUAAUUUUAACGAUGGAAGACCUGCUCCAGCUGCACCAGGUUCACCACAUCACACAGAGGAACAAUUCCUGUCUAAAGUUUUCUUAUGGGUGGCCGUGUUGUUUAUGUUUUGGCUGCUUAUCGCCUGAUUCUGUUAUGAAUGGAUAAUACAUAUAUUGAAAGGGCACGUGGUGUGCAGAUGGAAUGAGUGGACUUGGAUGAAAAUUAAUAUAUUAAUUAUUUUUUGUUUAGAUAUCAAAUUAUUCUGAAAAGCUAUCGUGAAUCUUAUAAGGAGACUGACUUAUAGAAAGACUCUAAGGAGUAAAUUGAAAUUGACUUUUGAUUUAUUAAGCUGUUGAGGAAUUAUAUAUUAUGUUAACUUUAAUAUAGGUUGCUCUCUAAAUAAUGAACUUUCAUCGUUAUUAUGUAUUGAUAUAAUUUAUUGACAGGGUAAUUUGAUAUAAUAAUUUGUAUCAUUAUUUGUUCCUACCAAUGCAAUAUCUUGUCAAAUAUGUGUGAUUUUUGUUGCCAAAAUAGACAAUUGAUUUGUUGCACAUGUAUUUAUUAAUAGGGUCUGGAUAGGGUUUAUAGAAUAAAAAAACAAUUGGUAAAAAAAUAGAUAAUAUAGGGCAAAAAAAUAAACUGUAAAUUGUUGAGAAAAACAGGCUAAAAGAUAAAGAAUAGAGAAUUAUAAGGAGCUAAAAUAUAAAGAAAAGAAGAUAAGACUGAAAAAUAAAGAAUACAGAAAUGAAUACCCCAUUAAGACCCUUAAGUGUAGAUAAGAAGGAAAACUGGCCCCGUAUAUAUUCUGCAUUAUCACUAUUUUCUUAAUUUUUCUGUAUAAUAAUUUUCCAUCUCACAUUACUGGAGUGAUAUGAGAUUUUUUUGGUUGAGUAGAAAUAGAAUGUAUGACAUCAUAGUGAUUCGAUACUUACAUGAUUUAUAACAUACAUUCCUAAAAUUCUCCAUUGAUAAAUUAAGAAAUUAUUAAGAAACUAAGCCUCCAACUGGCUCAGACAAAGUCGACCUAGGACAGAAUUUUCUAUUUUGGUCAUAUAGCUCCUCAAGUAAUCAAAUAUAAUCUAAUGCUGGAAAUUUACAAAUUAUUAUUGUCUGUUACAAUAAAUAUGCACUGCAAAUCAAAUGAUCUGAGCUGAAACCUAAUAUUAUUUAAAUAUAAAUGUAAUGUUAUCUCAGCAACUUAAAUAUGCCCCGCUGCAGCGGAGGGGGCAUUAACUGUUACCCUUGUCUAUCUGUAAGUCUGUACAUAUGUACGUCCCGAAAUUGGUUUCCGUUCUCUUACUUUAUUGUUUAUUGUUUAUUGUUUUUUGUGCAAUAGAGUAUUAUUUAUCGUUUCCUAAUACAUGAUAUACAUGAUAACACCAAAGAAUACCAUUUAAUUAUUUCUAAAAACCUUAAUCUUAUAUAAUAUUAAAUUUGCUUCAAAGGAUUUUUUACUAUGCCUAAAACUUCAUAAUAUACAUGUAGCUAGACAAUUACACAAACAUGAUUGUUUUAUUGUUUUGAUCGUUCCACACAGUGUCUUGUGUCUUUAGACUUGAUUUAUUUCCAUAAUAUGAUUUGUCUUUAAUAGACUGAACAUCUCUUCAAAAGUAUUUCAGCACAUAUUGUAAUAAAUAAUUGAAACAUAAAAAGAAUAACAGAAAUUACCAAAAAUAUUGUUAAUAAAAAUUACCAUGCCAACCCCUAAAAUCUGAUUCUUGAGAAAAAAUAGAUUAAACAAACAACAAUAAACAAGACAUUGUUUAGUUCAAUUAUAUGUUUUGGAGUUUAGUGUGACGUCCAUUUUCACUGAACUAGUACACAUUUUUGUUUAGGGGCCAGCUGAAGCCCGCCUCCGGGUGCGGGAUUUUCUCACUGUGUUGAAGACCCAUUGGUAGCCUUCGGCUGUUUUCUGCUCUUUGGUCGGGUUGUUGUCUCUCUGACACAUUCCCCAUUUCCAUUCUCAAUUUUAUUUGAGCAUGGAUUAAAAUUUAGAGUGAGAUGUUUAAUAAUAAAUGGGAUCUUUUUGAUGGGGGGAAAUAAGGUAUUAAUGUACAUAGCUAGACAGAACAUGCUGUUACAUUACAAAGACCUUUUGAUCUUUCUAUGAUUGUCACAAUGUUUUUUAAAACUACAAACAUGUGAAUGUGUUUGUGUAUGCAUACUGUUAUUUUUAUGAUGUGUAAAUGUGUUUUAAAUUUUGUGAAAAUCAACUAUUGUGACUAUGCAUUAAACAAAUGUUAGGCGUAACAAUUUUUUGAGAUUCUCAAGACAGCUAAGAAUUAGAAAUCAGUUGCAUAGUGCAUUGUGUAGGCAUUAGUGGUAACAAACCCUCUAGUCUCUAUAUUUAACAACUAAAAAAUUAUGAAAUCACUUUUCCCUUUAUAAAAAGUUGACCAUCCUCCUUGAUAAAUCAGGUUUAUGAACAAAUAAGUCAGGAAAAUCUAAGAGCUAAUCAUCUGUAAGAUGAUUUUUGUCCCUUAGAUAAUUUGGCAUUUAAUCUGGAAGGAUUUCACAGACAAAUCACCAAAGUCUCAGUAGAUUUACCAAUGACGGGAUUUCUUCAUUUCUUAGGUUCCAGACUUACAGCAUCACUGAAUGUUAUUUGUCAAAAUGCCCUUCAAAUUUAGAAAAAUUGAAAUCCUUAAUGUUGUUCCAAAUUACAACAGAUUUGAGAUUAAUUUUAUGGCAUUGUAAUAAUAUGAAUUGAUCAAUAUGAAUAUAUCCAAGGCUGAGUUUUGAUGAUAAUAUGGACUUGUGUAAGUUUCAUUUAAAAGAGGCAUUAUCAAUGUUUAUUUUUAAUUUUGUUGUUUUAUGGAUGCUAAAUUUUGUUGUUACAUUUUUUCAUGUCGAGAAGUGAUUAGAAACUUCGAUUUAUAUUUGUUCAUAUAUACCAUGACUCAAUUAGAAACUUUGAUUUAUAUUUGUUCAUAUAUACCAAGACUCAAUUAGAAACUUUGAUUUAUAUUUGUUCAUACUGAGACUCGUUCAUACGGAGUCUAGAUUAGAAACUUUGAUUUAUAUUUGUUCAUACCGAGACUCAAUUAGAAACUUUGAUUUAUAUUUGUUCAUACCAAGACUCAAUUAGAAACUUUGAUUUAUUUAUGUUCAUACCGAAACUCGAUUAGAAACUUUGAUUUAUAUUUGUUCAUACUGAGACUAUAUUAGAAACUUUGAUUUAUAUUUGUUCAUACUGAGACUCGAUUAGAAACUUCGAUUUAUUUUUGUUUAUACUGAAACUCGAUUAGAAACUUUGAUUUAUAUUUGUUCAUAUCAUGACUGGAUUAGAAACUUUGAUUUAUAUUUGUUUAUACCGAGACUCGAUAAGAAACUUUGAUUUAUAUUUGUUCAUACCGAGGCUUGAUUAGCAACUUUGAUUUAUAUUUGUUCAUACCGAGACUCGAUUAGAAACUUUGAUUUAUAUUUGUUCACACCGAGACUCGAUAAGAAACUUUGAUUUAUAUUUGUUAAUACUGAGCCUCGUUCUUACCGAGACUCGAUUAGAAACUUUGAUUUAUAUUUGGUUAUACCGAGACUCAAUUAGAAACUUUGAUUUAUAUUUGUUCAUACCGAGACUUGAUUAGAAACUUUGAUUUAUAUUUGGUUAUACCGAGACUCAAUUAGAAACUUUGAUUUAUAUUUGUUCAUACCGAGACUCGAUUAGAAACUUUGAUUUAUAUUUGUUCAUACCGAGACUCGAUUAGAAACUUUGAUUUAUAUUUGUUCAUAAGGAGACUCGAUUAGAAACUUUAAUUCAAUUGAACUUACUGUUUUUUCUUUCCCUAUUGUAUCAAUGAGGAUAACCAUAUAGUAUUUGUUAGCAUUCAGUUAUUUUUUACAUGAAAAUCAUGUGAUGUAUUGUAUAGAAUUUUAUUCCUUAUUAUUUGCUAAAAUAAUGGUCAUAUGUUUGUAAUUCUCAGUUUGAAAUGUUGUAUUUAUGAAUGGUACUUAAAGAGAGAUUGUUGUUGUCUUUAUGCAGAGAAUAGAUAUAUAUGUGUGUGUCUGUGAUAGUGUAUUAAAAACAGAAACGCCAAUAAAUAUAUUACAGAGUA